ACAUUUUGCAAAAGUCCACUGUUUUCAAUGGAGGAAAACGAAGAAUGUCAAGUCCAGAUGCCAGAGACGACGAAUGAAAGACCGAAGAGAAAUAAAAGAAAGUCGUCGUUGGCGGAUUUGGACGCGUCCCCGGAUCGCAAUUUCAAACGGCCAUCUUUGAGAAGAGGAAGUUCUUUCACCAUUUUGACACCUGGACCCCAGUGGGACUUCACUUUGAAACGCAAGCGCAGAGAGAAGGAUGAUGCAGAUGCUGUCAGCCUGUGCAGCUUUGACUUUAAGGAACCCUGUACUAAGCGUGUGCGGCCGCUGGGCCGAGUGACCUCGCUGGCGAACCUGAUCUCUCCUGUGAAGAAUGGGGCCGUCCGACGCUUCGGCCAGACUCUCCAGGCCUCUUUCCGGGGUGACGGACGGUCUCCGGGCGUGCCCCAGCAGAAGCCCUGCAGCAAGGCAGCGGCCCCUACACCACCAAAACGCCGCAACAGCACACUCUGGUCCGAGACCCUGGAUGUCCACCAGAAAGGAACCUUUUCCUCCAAGGAGAUUAAGAGACAGGAAGCAAUUUUUGAGCUGUCUCGAGGAGAACAGGACCUGAUUGAAGACCUGAAGCUUGCUCGAAAGGCGUACCAUGACCCAAUGUUGAAACUUUCGAUCAUGUCUGAGGAGGAGUUGACAGCCAUCUUUGGAGACUUAGAUGCUUAUAUUCCUCUUCAUGAAGAUCUUCUCGCUCAGCUGGCCAAAGCUACAGGCCAGGAUGGUACAGUGGGACAGAUCGGCAAGAUUGUUGUGGACUGGCUGCCAAGGUUAAAUGCGUACAGGGGAUAUUGCAGUAACCAGUUGGCUGCCAAAGCCUUGCUAGACCAAAAGAAACAAGACCCAAGGGUGCAGGACUUCCUACAACGCUGUCUAGAGUCGCCUUUUAGCAGGAAACUGGACCUGUGGAGCUUCCUGGACAUCCCUCGCUCACGACUGUUCAAAUACCCACUUCUUCUGAAAGAGAUUCUCAGACAUACACCAUCAGAUCACCCAGACACAGCCAGCCUUGAGCAAGCGAUAAGCAUCAUUCAAGCUGUGUUGGCUGACAUAAACAUGAAGAAAGGAGAGUCUGAGUGCCAAUACUAUGUCGAUAAGCUGGAAUAUCUGGAAGAUAGACAGAAAGACCCAUGCAUAGAGCAUUGCAAGAGUCUGUUAUGCCAUGGGGAACUCCGCAAUAAAAGCGGCACGAAGCUGCAUGUGUUCCUCUUCACAGAGGUUCUAGUCUUGACGCGGCCUGUAAUGCGGAAUGAUCGUCAUUGCUACCAGGUGUACCGCCAGCCAAUUCCGGUGCAGGAUCUUGUAAUGGAAGACCUGCAGGAUGGAGAUGUGCGCAUGGGCGGUUCAUUUAGAGGGGCCUUUAUUAAUGCAGAUAAAGCCAAAAACAUCUUUCGGGUGCGCUUCCAGGACCCAGCACAGGGUCAGUCCCACACACUCCAGGUCAGUGACAUCUUCCACAAGCAGCAGUGGCUCAACUGUCUCCGCACUGCCAUGUCCACCCAGAAAGACUCCGCAAUCCCAGAGAAUGACUCCCCGUCCACCCCCACCACCGCAGACGUGUGCACCAAACGCCGCUCAUCCACAGCCUCCACCAUCAUGCAUAUGGAAGAAUCAGAUGAGAACUGCCUACAGGGUGCAGUGUCUGCCCCCUCGUCCCCCAGCUCUGAAUCGCCCCCCAGCCCCACACCUUCAACAACCUCCACCCUCUCGUCUUCCUCUUCAUCAUCCUCAUCUUCCGCCCCCUUCCUGCCCCGCAAAUCCAAAAAGGACAAGCACUCACUCUGCUCAUUGGGCAAGAGGAAGGAGACUAUGGUGUAAAAGGCAGACUCAUAAGAGGACUGUGCUAUCCCAGGGUGCAGUGGUGUAGAUGGAGUUGUAUCAUAUGGAGGACUUGUAUUUAUGUGUGUGUAUGGACUGUGUGCUUCUACAGCAGUGUUUUUGUGUUACUGUCCACAAUGGCAGCUAUCUUUACCAUGGCCCAACCCAAAUCCCUCCCUGGUCCACAUGGGCUAAACCAGUACCAGAAAGACAGUAUUUGUGAGGCGAAUGUGUGGAUCUCAAGGGAUCAAAGAUGGAAGAAACACUUUACAUCACAAUCAAUGUUGAUUUGUGUGAAUACAUUUUGAUCGCACAUAUAGUCUUGUUUACUGUUAGUUUGGUAAUAUUUUGUUAUUUUAUUAUAAAUAUAAAUUUUUUAUGUAAUUAAAAGUUUUACUUUUUUUAAAGCAUCAAGGCAUUUACUGUAGCUCUUUUUUGUUUUUAUUAAAAGCACUGUGGUAGCUGAAGAAAUAUGACAGAAGGGACAAACACCCACUGAGAAAAAAACCAAUUAAAUAUCCAAGGCACUGAAUACUUUGUAAAAAGUCUGAUUCAUUGCUUUACUGGAAGGCAAGUCUUACAAGUACAUUCCCAUUUUAUCAGCUCCGUUUUAUAUUUAAAUCAGAUGGCAUUAUUUUUCUCUAAAGAAAAUAGGAAAACUAGCAACGUUCAGUAGCAAUAUGAUUUCAAAUGUCCAAAUGGAAAAUUCUUACUCAUACAAAAUUGAAACAUGAGCCAUGUUUUUUUGUUUUUUUUAACCCUACCAAAAAUGAAAAUGGAUGAAUAUUCAAAUGUUGCAUCUUGCAUGGAGCUUUACUUGUUGAGUCCUUUCUGCAUUAUCAUGUGGGCCCAGUGCAUGUGCAUGCUUGUCAAACCAGAAGUUCACGUAGAAAGGACCAUCAUGUAGAAGAAUAGUCGUAUGUUGAAUGAGGGCUUGAGAAAUGUUGAUGUGAAACAAGAAAGAAACUUUGGAGUUGAGUUGGAUAAGACUAGAUGGACUUGAUGAUUGGCACUACUAGAAAUGAGCAACCAUUCAUAGAUAUUGGUUUGCUGUCAUUUCAUUUUUGUGGUGUCUUCAUGAAGUGGGAAGGUUUGACACACUGAUAUAAAGCCAGUGUGAAUGUUUUUGAAAAAGAAAGAUGUAAAGUAUGUUGAAGAGGAGAAAUUGUUGAUGGUUAAAGAAUGUCACUUCAUAAUGUGUAAGUUUGUAAAAAAAUAAGUUUGUAAAGGAGGCAGAAGGGAUUGUACAUUAUUGAGAAGUACUGCGGUUGCCUGUAUGUAUGUGGUGCAAAAAACUAUUAAAUGAACAAUAAAGGUCUGUGUAAGAUUUGC